GCCAAACCUUCCUCUCUUGCGUUACUCCAACAUGAAAUACUUGUAUCUCGUCCAAAAGGAUGACUUUACUCCUUUCUCUGCAGCUGGUUUGUCGUGUUUGCGUGUUUAUGCCUUCCUCGUUCAGAUCCAGAGGUGUUGACAUCAUACCCGCCGUGGGAGACUUUCACCGCGGUUAGUCAUUGAUCGAAUUUUUUUCUGCCAAUUGUAGUUUGGUUUCAUUUCCCACUCGGGACUGCAUGGAGUCAGAGCUGCACGAGUUUCUGAGUUUUAUUGCCCCCCUUGUCUUCGACAGCUUUUCUCCGUGGAUAUAAAGUUAACCAAACUAAAACCUGUCAACUUUAUCAGAAGUCAUCGACUAACAGCCUCCUGCUGCGGGAAACAUGUGGAUGUUGGUUGGAUUGUUCAUGCUGUUAACGGUCUCCGGUGGUACCGAGGUGACCCUCAAUGGAUAUUCAAGACAAGAUGUCGUUCUACCUUGCAACUGCUCGGGUAGAGAUUUGAAAGAGGAAUUUCGGUGGCAGAUAGAGAGGAGGACGGGGGAACAGGAAGUGGUAUUAAAGAUAAACAAGACCGGGACAUAUUAUGGGGACAGCUUCAGAGACAGGGUGACAGAACUCAAUAACUGCUCUCUUCAACUAAAGAACAUCUCAGCAGUAGACCAAGGAGAAUACAAAUGCAGCUUUCACAAGACUGUGUACCAAUAUGAGAAGGUGAAUCUGGUUUUUUGUGGGGUACUUUCUUCCAAACCUCUCCCUGAGGACAAUGGUUUAAAGGUCUUCCAAUGUGAUGUCCAAGUUUGCGAUGACACGAGUGAGAUUCGGUGGAUAUUAGAUGGACAGGAUCUUUCUAAUUCAUCUGAGACCAACAUAACCACCCAAAAACUGUCUGACAAGCAUAUCAGCACUCUGAAGACGGAACAGAAUCUGUCCUCAAAUCCUGAAUGUCAAGUGGAAAAGAAGCUGCCUGGAACCUCACAUCUUUCUCAACCCGAAAUGAACUAUUACAGUCAUUGGAUGAAAGUCAUCCCCGUGCUGCCAUUUCUUGGAUUGUGUUUUGUCCUGUUUUGCCGUUGGAUAAUUUUCCGGCCUUCCACGCAAAACUGAGAUGUGGCCUGUGAACUGGAAUGAGCAGCGGCAGACGAUGGAGGGAUGAAAUGAUCUCUGAGCCAUGAUGAACGAGCCAUCGGACAGGCAAAAUGUUUACAUGGUGAGGUAGAUGAGUAACUGAAAAGUUACCCGUUUGAAGCAGUUCAGGAGUGGUGUGCACUGUGGGAAACAAUAAGUAGCACUGGAAUGAACUUUGUUGUGGAAAAAAAUCCCCCAAAAACAAGAACUUGAAUCUCAGCGAGAGUGCGGCUGAGUCUUACCGGUUAUACCAGUGCUGCGCAGCGUUAUCUACUCAUCGACACUUGGCAUCAGUUUGACUUUAGUGGUGAUAAAUGUUGUGACUAUUCCACUUCUCCGUGGAAAGUGGAGAGCUUCAACAUGAACUGAUAAUGUUUGCGUUAAAAAAAAACACAAAACAAACUUCAGAUGUGGUAACUUGCCAUCAUGCCCAUGCUCACGGGGCUGGCAGACAGGGCAGACAUGUUUCAUCCUGUUUUCUACCCACAUCUUGGAAAAAGACUGCUGUUUUUUUGCUGGCCGGAAUUUGUAUAUGAAAAGGUGAAAAAAAAACAUUAUUAUAUCAACAGAAUGGAGUGUUUUGCAAGACAACCUUAACUCCUGGUACUAAAUGCUCCUUUAAAAUGUACGACCGACCCGACUUCACUGCCGUCCAGUAACCCUUCUCCAUGGUAGCUGCACUCCUCGGUGAGUCUGCUGCAACAUACACAAAUGUCUAGCAAAAACUCAAGUGAGAUAAGGAGUGGCAGAAGACGUUGUCACAGUUUUCAGACUCCAAUAGAGCAUCAGGAAACCGAACAAUCAUGAGAAGCCUGACCCAAUGUCAAUGCCAACGUCCCAGCGGUAGACACUGCAAGACCUUUCCAUGUACCAAAAGCUCAUGUUUGAAGGACAUUGUUGGUUUAUUCCCAUUUACACAUAUAUUAAACAUGUACAUACUUAAGGAAAUAUCCCACAUGUAUGUGUAUCAGAAUAACUGUUGAUUUUUUAGUGGUUUUGUAUGAUCUGUUUAAAUGUCAUUGUUUGUGGUUGAGGGUUUACUGUGAAUAUUGUUUUUUUAACAAUGUUUUUUUUUUUACAUUUAUUAUGCACAUAUAUUGUUCAUUAAGAAAAUAGCCAAAAAAAAAACGGCCAUCAUUUUGAAAUCCAAGAGUGCCAACUUUUGGGUUUCUGUCCAUCCAAAGUGCCAGAAAAAACACAUUUGCACUGUGAAAACUGUAAAGUAUACUGCUGACUCAGAUUGUACGUUUGCUCAGAGGAAGCAGAGAUAAAAUGUGAAUGUUUGGAGGAUUUAUACAGAAUUAAAAAGCAAGAUCCCUGCAUAAUUUGUAAUUUGUAAUCAUGGUCUGUUUUUUCCUUCUCUCGUUCUGUAUUUUUUUUUUGAGAGUCACCAUCACUUAAGCUUUCUUUCCGUAGAGUGAUUUGAAUGGAGUCUACAGAAAAAGUUACAGUCAAGGGUUAGCUGCCAGGCUGUCGAAAAUACGGAGUACACCAUAACCGCAACCGUCACAACAUUCAGCAGUGAAUAAAGGGCUGCAGCUUAUUAUAUAAAGUAUCGCUCUCAGAUCACAUGUCCUGGUACAUUUCCUUCUUCUUGAGGGUUUUUCUGAGGAGUUAUCUGGUGGAAUCUGACAGCACUUUUUAGAUAAAUCUUAAGUGGAACAAAAAUAUAAACUGCAGUCUCAUUUCCACGUACAAUAUUUCAUUUCCUUUUUGUAAUUUCACCAGAUUGCAGCCAUGAAUGUACUGCAAUGGAAAAAAAUACUCAUAUCCCUCAUUCGAUAACUAAUAGGCAUCAAUUGUUGUCUACAUUAAACAUUAUGACAUCAUUUGACUGUCAAUACUCACACAAUUGUGCCAAACCAAAAUGCUACCCUGCUACUUGGCAUUCACAUUUUUUGACUUUUAUUAAGAAAUCAGAAAAGCUAAAGGAUAAUUUUUUGGAGAAGAUGGGCAGAAAGCUGUGAGUGUGGGUGGCAACAACAUGUGAAAACAUUUAUAAAUGUAAUUUUAAGAUGACUGUUUUAUUGAAUGUUUUCCUUUCA